GAUUGUUAAUUUAUGUCAAGCGUUUUGUGAUAGGGAGAAAUGUCCUUCACGUUUCUCAAGCAUUUUAGGCAUUUUAACUUCAUACAGAUCAGCUCAAGAGAGGUUAAUGUCUUAAACAAGCUAUGUAUGCACUGCACUGCUGUACAUAGACAGAGAGAUGAUGGAACAGGACCAGGGAAUCUUGUGGGUCCUCCUCAGACCCUGAAAAGUAUAUCUAAGGAAGAUAUGAUCAGUAAGGCAAUCAAACACUACCUCGAAAGGAAGCAAAAGUCAGAUGAAAUAAUGGAGAGGCACAAAGCAGAGUAUGAUCUGGGUAGGAGACAUCUAGCUAAUAUGAUGAGUGUAGAUGAAGAUGAACUUACUCCAGAAAAAAUCAGGGAGGCAAUUUCCUAUCUUCUACCUUCCGGAUUGCAUAACAGAAAAGCUAGACCAUUAAUGGAGCAUCCAUCAUUUUACAUACCAUAUGUGAAAGGACAGGAGUUUGACAUGCAGGGAAGACCAACACAUUUCUUAUAUUAUACACUGAAACCUAGAUACUUCGAACUGAUGCAUACCAUGGCUUGGAAGCUGGAAAAAUUGAAGAAAAUGGUUUCAGGGAGUGAUAGAAGAAGUCUUGAGAAAGAGCCUGAUCUUGGUAAGGAAUGGUUGUCGGAGCAAGAAUUCCUAAAUAUGUUCCCAGGAGAAAAAGUAAAUGAACAUGAGUAUAAGCGUUUUGUUGUGUUGGCACAGAGACUGCUUGAUCAUCCAUUAUCACAGGGAGAAAAACAGUUUUUAGACAAGUACCGAAGAGCAAUAGUAGCUUUCUCAGCUAUAUCGGAUGUUGAAGAGCCUAAGCUGGAUGAGCAUGGGAGGGAAUAUGUCAUCGCAAAAGGUAGAAGGAAAACUGCAAAGGCAAUAGUAAAACUGAUCAGCAAAGGACACGGAAAUAUUAACAUUAAUGGACAAGAUAUAACAUACUUUGAACAGAUAAUCCAUAGACAAGCUAUAUUAGCUCCUCUACAGUUAUGUGGUGUAUUAGACAAGUUUGACAUUGAGGCACGAGUGCUGAGUAAAGGACCUACAGCGGAUGCUGGAGCUAUCAGACUGGCCAUUUCUAGAGGUCUACUCUCAUUUAUCCCUGUAGAUAUGCGAGAACAACUUAGAAUAGCUGGGUACCUUACAUCAGAUCCUAGGAUGAGGGAGAGAAAGAAGCCAGGUCAGGAAAAAGCUAGGAAGAAAUUUACAUGGAAAGCAAGAUGAUUGUACUUGGUGUACAUUGGGACUAUGUUGGCUCACUUUCCUUCAUAAAGUGCGAUGGUGCGCAUGAACCUGUGGAGUUAAUGUUUCUUACUACUAGUGUGCUUUGCUAGACAUACGAUUGAAAUUAAGUUAUAAAGCACAGUUACACAGAGAUUCUGGCAGAAUUUAGCAUCAUUGCAUUGCAGUUCAUUUGUAAAAAAACUUCUGAAGAUCUUAACAUACGUUUAGGGAAGUCAAAAUAGCUGGAUAAAGUGUUUUAUAUUGCUACAUGUAAGAUUGUUUAUACUGGCUAUUACUGAUAGAUAUUUAACACAAACUUUGUAUAUAACAGCAUUGUAAGUCUUAAAUAUAUUGAAAUUGUAUUAUUAAAAUGUUUACAAAACCAA